AUGUGCAGAGAAAUUUUCCGGGAUUUAGAGGAUUUUGAAGCUCACAUUGGUGCUCAUGGUGUGUUAAAAUUAAAAUCUUACACCUGUCUAAAGUGCAGUGAAGACUUUGUGACUUUGAAUCAGCUAAAUGAUCACUUCGGGAAGCACAUUGAGGAUACAAAGAAGGAAUUCUGCGGGACUUCAUCCUGCUGCUCUCAGAAGCAGGAUAAAAGCUCCUUCAGUGAUGGGAAGAAAAUGAUUUCCAUUUGUUUAAUGUGCAAGAGGGUUUUCCUGAAGAGAGAAGCUGCCUCAGAGCAUCUAAUAAAGCAGCACAAGAUCACGUAUGAUGAUCAAAGAGUUUCCCUUAUUACAGACAUUCCAGCGGGGUGCUUAUCUCAAUGUCAAAGAUUGAAAGGAGAAAACUCCAAAAAUGCCUGCAUCUGUAUGAUUUGUAAGAAAGUCUUUGUGAAUAAGUACACCUGCAUCACGCACGUUAAUACUCAUCACGGUGGGAAGAUCAGCUGUCGAUCUGUUAAUUACGAAGGGUGGUACAAAUCCCUAGAAGAAGAUGAUGAAGAUGAAAUAAAAUCUUCAUCACGAGGAAAUGAAUUAAUCUCCGGCAGAAGUGCUGAUGCGCCACAUGAAUGCUGCCUCUGUGGUCAGGUGUUGUCCCGAAAAUCUUCCUGCAUGCGACAUCUUAUUCGACAGCAUGGAAUUGAUGGGGAUGCAUUCUGCAGUGAUCCAUUGAAUUUUUGCAGAAAACUUCAACAACAUCCCGAGAAGAGAUCUCAUCAACCUCCAACAAAGACAAUCUGCCUCCUUUGCUACAGAGUUUUCCAAAAGAAGUACAAUUGCUUCCAGCAUCUUCUCAAAAAGCACUCAAGAGAUGUAAAAAGCAGUGAAACUCCUGGAGAAUUAUUUGUACAAUUCCUCAGUGGAGUCACGAAGGAAGUUGAAGAAGAAAUUCCCGAAAAGGAUUCAAAGAUCACGGAGAAGAAAACAACAAAAGAGAAGCUACAAUGCCACAUUUGUGCUGCACUCCUCAACUCCUCAACAUCCCUGAGGAGGCACAUGAGCAGGCACACAGAUAGUCCUCCACAACUUCCUUGCAACAUCUGCAACGAAACUUUCCACACACAACAGUCGCUGAAGCAUCAUAAGAUGAUCAUGCAUCACCAGCAGGAACCUCCUCCUCAGCACAUUUGCCUUCAAUGUGAUAAAAUAUUCUCAACAGCUCAAAUUCUGCAGCAGCAUCAUCUCAUCCAUACAGGUGAUAAGCCCUUCGAGUGUUCACUGUGCCAAAAAACCUUCCGUCUCAAGUCCAGCCUGGAGAAUCACAUGAAGAUCCAUUCGGAUGAGCGACCAUUUCAGUGCAAUUUUUGCCAAAAACGCUUCAAAAUGAGGAAAGAUUGCAAAAAUCACGAGAGAACCCAUACGGGGCAGAGACCAUUCAAAUGUCGUCACUGUGGGAAAGAUUUUGGGCAUUCAUCUGCGAGGUACAAUCAUGAGAAAACUCAUCAAGUGGCCACAGCAGCCAUCGGUCUCUUCCGGAGUGAAAAGAGUUAA